AUGUCUCGACAAAGCUUCAGCUCUGGAGAUGAGGAUACGCUUUUGAGUUCCAAGAGCGAAGGCCUUCCUUUGCAAAGCAGGGAAAAGAGAAGAAAUAACCAUACGUUGAUACACUUUUCUCUUGUCGCUCUGCUCAGUUCCAUUGUCUCUAUCGUUGCGAGUCUUAUAGUAUGGAGAGCUGUGCUGCCGAAGCCGGGAUUUAGGGAGAAUGUACAAUUACUCCCAGGAUUGGAUAUUCCGCCUCUCGGCCCAAUUCAAAAGGCAUUCAUGCCUGAAAGGGUGUAUGAUGAUCCACGAACAGAAAAAGGGCGCGCAGCCUGGAUGAACCUUUUCCCCAAGGGGAAGGGAUAUGUUUCGAUAGAUAACAUAGAAGCUGCAGGCCCAGUGCCCGACUAUAUUCGAGACACCAGCAACGAUGGUACCGGGCGGUUCUCAAUAGCGACUUUCCAUCAACUACACUGCCUCUAUCUUCUUCAAGUAGAGCUCUUCGACGCCCUGGCAUCAAACAUUACCGAACCACACUCCCAUGCAUUCCACUGUCUGGACUAUCUCCGAGAGAGCAUCUUGUGUACAUCCGACUCUACAUUAGAACCAUUUAAACCAAAAUACGAUUUUGCCACGCCUCGAAAAGGCGUGGACGGAUAUGGAACUCCACACCAAUGCCGAGAUUUUGGCAAACUCCGCAGCUGGGCUGAGCGAUUUCGAUACAACGAUGAUCAAGGAUUUGAAACUUAUGGAGGAUAA